AUGAAUACUCCCAAUACAUGCGACGACGAUGAGAUUGCCAGGCUGAACCACUAUCUUCAACACUUCACGAGAUUCGAUGUUGUCAAUGAAGGCACCGCGCAAUCCGUAGCCGCUGCUGGACUUCGCAGUGUCGAUGUGCCCGACAAGACAGAUUACGACGAAAAAUCCAACCAUUACCAUGUCGACAAGACAAAGGACAAGGAAUUGGGUGACAACGUGUCUGCUGUACUGGUACAGUCCAUAUCGCCUUCCAACGAAUACUCACCUGCUGAAGUCUCAGCAGACCAAAGACUCAACACGUUGAUUCCAACUAUAGUCAACAGCGCAUCAUGCAAUCAGAGCCCAGAGGACAGUGACCACGGACCAUUCAGACUCCAAGGAAUCAGUGAUGCAUUACAUAGCAUCCAGCCUGCUCUUCUUGAACCAAGAGACCAAGACACAGUCGAAGAAUUGAAUAGCAUCCAACCUAUGCCUCUUCAACGGAACAAUAAUGUCGACUUGACGUCCCAAUCAGGAGCUGGUGCAUAUGCCAUUUCAAACCCAUUAUUUCGACCUCAUGACACCAAUCCGGAACCCAGGCCCAUAACUGAUACAGCACAGGACGUGGAAAAUCCUCCUGCCCUUUUUCAGUUUGAAAACUCUGCGGACACCUUGGUGGAGGCGCAUCUGGUCGAGGAAAGCCAGACUGAAAUUGUCCAUGCCGAAAAGGUACCAACCGAACCAACACGCAUGCACAGAAGAAACCGGCUCCUUCCGUUUGUUGCUGCAUUGAUCAUUGUGGCUCUUCUUGUAGUCCUUGGCAUUUUAUUGUGGGGGGAUAUCAAAGAUGAACCAAGCAAUGUAGACACAGAAACUACUUCCAACAUCCGAAAUCAAGGUAAUGAAAGCUCAGUGGCAAGCAAUGACACUAUCACAAUCAUUGAGAGUGGGAGCACCAGCAACAGCACCAGCAAAAACAGCACUGAAAGCAAACAACAAUGGUGUUUCAGGACUACAGAAGAACUCUACCAAACCAUCACUAAAUACUGGGAAGACACAAGCACAAACUCAAGUGUAUCCAACAUAUAUGGCUGGCCGAUGAGCAAAUGGUGUGGCAUAUCCAACAUUACCAUCUUUGAUCAUCUCUUCAAAGUGAGCAAACAGAGGGUUGACUAUGAUUCCAUCAUGCCUGCUAACUUGACCGACGAAGCUGUAAUUACAGCUUCCAACAUGGUAGAAGACAUCGGGUCCUGGGACAUGAGAAGAGCUGAAAGAAUUGAGUUCAUGUUUGAGGGAUUGCAGAAUGUAUCUGAAAGCUGGGGAAUCCAGAAAUGGGAUACCACCAGUCUUGUCAGCAUGGAAGGGGUCUUCAAGAAUACUUCAUGGACCCUUCCAAUGCUAAAUUUGAGUUCUUGGGACACCUCCAAGGUCGAAACCAUGGCCCACUUGUUCCUGGAUUCAAAUGUCGAACGUCCAGGAAUUGCACAGUGGGAUACUGCAAAGCUACAAACCAUGUUCCGAUUUGCAGAUGGCAACCCAUACUUUAAUGAAGAUUUGAGCAAAUGGAACACUGGAUCUGUCAGAACAAUGCAGAAGGCUUUCAGACGCUGCACUAACUUUAACCAAGACUUGAGUGGCUGGAAUACCAGUUCACUGGAACUCCUGAAUAUGGCAUUCUUGGGAACUACAAGCUUUCACAGCAAUAUUGGCCAAUGGGAUGUCUCAAAUGUUGAGACCCUAUAUGGAACUUUCAAAGAAUCCAACUUCAAUAAUGACAUUACCACAUGGAGCGUGACCAAGGUCGCCGACAUGCAGCGGACAUUUGCGCAGAACAAAGCCUUUAAUCAAGACGUUUCAGCCUGGAAUGUGUCACGGGUUACGGAUCUGUACAAGGCCUUUGAUGGGGCAUCCUCCUUCUCUCAAGAUUUAUGUGCUUGGCGAUUCAGGCUUCCAACAGGUAUUCGAACCAGGAACAUGUUUCAAAAUACUGGCUGUCCAAAUACGUCUGAUCCUGUCAGUAUUGAAGAGGGGCCAUUCUGCUUCAAUUGCAACUAA